AUGUUGCUAUGCCAUCCAAAUAUUUAGAAUAUUGAAGAAGUCUUUGCUGUUACAAAUAACGAAAUUGUAAUUGUUCAAAAAAUGUAAGGAGAAAACUUAAAUAAACUCUUAAUUAAUAAGAAAAUUGAUUAGGAGAAAGCAAUGGGUUAUAUAUAACAAAUUAUGAAAGCAUUUUGUUAUUUACAUUCUUUGAAUAUCAUACAUUCAGAUUUUAAGCUUGAAAACGUUGUGACAGUUCUCGAUGAUGAUACCAAAAUUAAAAUCAUAGAUUUUGGAUUCUCUCAAAUUAAAAUAUUUAAUAAGUUUUUUACUCCUCUAGGAUACACGAAAGGCUAUGAACCAAUUGAAGAAAAAUAUACGUUCGAAAGUGACAUCUUUUCAAUAGGAAAGUCUAUAAAUAAAAUUUAUGCAAAUAAUAAAUUUUAUAAAUCCAUGUAAAUGGAAUAAUUAAUAAAUUAAAUGAUAGAUAAUAGCAUUUAAAAUAGAUGUACAAUUAAGUAGGCAUCUCACAAAUUUUAGUUAGAGAUGGUUACUUAUAAAAUAUUUAUGUAAAUAAUUUCAAAAGAAGAAAAAUUUUAAAAUUAUGAUAACUAAAUUUAUAAAGAUUUUGCAGAUAGCAUACAUUUUUUAUUUGAAAAAUUUAGAAGAUUUUAUUACAGUACAUUUUCAGUUCAACAAGAACCCGAAAAUAAAAAAACUUAGUUUAUAGAAUUUUAAAAUAAAUAUAAGCAAUUUAAUAUUAUUGCUAUUACUUAAUAAAUUCUAUUACUUUUAGAUGAAAAUAUUACUCCAUAAAAUUAAUCUUUUGUAGAGUGUCUUGCAGAUAACGACAUUAAGUUAUUUGUUUUAAAAUUGUUAAGUUAUGAAAAAAGAAUUUCUUAGAAUUAAAAUAUUGAAAUUCAAAUCCAACUGCUUGAGGAGUGCUUUAGACAAUCUAAUUAUGAAAAAAAUGAAUUAAUUGAUAAUCUAAUUAAUAAAAUUGAGGAUAAUUCUAAGGAAACUAAUACAUUCUAUGAGUAGAUAGAAAAGAAACUUGAUUGUAUUUAAUAUUCUAAAGAUGAAUUAAAACUUGAUGAAGAAUAUUUAAAACUUAUAAAUAACAUCGAAAAACAGCUCUAGGAUUUAGAAAAUAAAUAAGAUAUGGAAAUAGAACCAAAUAUCCAAUCAAGUUCAUAAAAUAAUUAGAUUUCUUAGAAUACUCAGAAUAAAAGUUAACCUAUGGAAAUAGAAUCAAAUUGGCAAUCAAAUUCAUAUUAUAACAUUAUUUAGCAUUCUUCAGAAAAUUCAGAUAUAAAAAAUAUAAAUGCAGGAGAUUACCAAGUCAGUCAGAGUAUUUAGUAUCAAAAUUAAUUUCAUGAAUAAGCUAGCAGUUAGUCAUACUUUACUCGAGUUUUAGGACCUAUUAUUAAUUAAGAUUCACAAAACACAAAUACGGAAUAUAUUUAGGAGUCUAAUUCUGAAUCUUAUCAAAUUAAUUCUACUUAAUACUCAUAGUCUCAAACUUAAAUUUAAUUUGAAUAAUAGUCUUAUUACAGUUCAUCAUUAGAAACUGAAAAUAUUUGA